AUGGCUGACCACGAUCACGAUCACGAUCAUCCCGAGGUGGCUCUUGCGUCUGCUAACUACGAAAUGAUUCAGGCUCUGCCGCUCAAUGUCAAGGAGCGUGUGUGCGCCUUGAAGAAACUUCAGGUCGAUAGCAUUGUGGUAAGAGUUAUUGUUCGAUUGAACUUUUUGAUUUGUUUUUCUUCAGGUCGAGGCCGAAUUCUACAAGCGCGUUCACGAGCUCGAGAUUGAGUUUGAGGAGAAGUUCAAGGGAAUCUUCGACCAGGUGAGCAGCUCGGAGAAGAGCAACGAUCAGUUCGGAUUUUCAGAGAAAGAAGAUCAUUGCCGGCGAUAUUGAGCCAUCCAAGGAGGACACCAAGAUGCCUCUUCUCGAGGGACUCGAAAAGGACCAGCUCAACGUGAGUUUUUCACAAUUACGCUCUGAUAUGUAAGAAAAGUUUUUCGAGAUAUUCCUUUUCAUGCUGAGGAAGAAUUAAUUUAACUUAAUUUUUUGCGCGAUGCGUACAUCACAUACGUCAUCAUUUCAAUUUUAGGAGCUCUACAAGUCUACUGAGGCCGAUCCAAACGCCAAGGGAAUCAAGGACUUCUGGGUCACCGUUCUCAGAACUCACGACUUGGUUGCUGAGUCCAUCGAGGAGCACGAUCUCCCAAUCCUUGCCUAUCUGACGGACGUCACCACAUCCGCUAGCAAGGACCCAGCUGUAAGUUUCUAAGCUUCCAUCAUCAUAAUUUUGUUUUUUUUUCAGGGAUUCAAACUCGAGUUCCAUUUCUCUCAGAACCCAUUCUUCAAGAAUUCGGUUCUCACUAAGACCUAUCUCAUUGGUUUCGAGCCAGACAGUGACUCCCCACUUCAGUUUGACGGACCACACGUUCUCCGCGCUAUUGGGUAUGAUCCAUUCGUAAACUUUCUGUAAUAAAGUAUGCAUUUCAGAGAUACCAUCCAGUGGGAGGACGGCAAGAACGUCACCAAGAAGGCUGUCAAGAAGAAGCAGAAGAAGGGAGCUAACGCCGGAAAGUUCUUGACCAAGACCGUCAAGGCCGAUAGCUUCUUCAACUUCUUCGACCCACCAAAGAGCAAGGACGAGAGAAACGAGGAUGAGGACGACGAGCAGAUGGAGGAGUUUCUGGAGCUCGAUUACGAGCUGGGACAGGCUCUUCGCGACACGGUCGUCCCACGCGCUGUUCUCUUCUUCACCGGAGAGCUCCAGGCCGAUGACAUGUACGAUUUCCAAGGAGAGGACGGAGAUGUCUCUGACUUCAGCGACGACGAGGCAUAA